AUGAUUCUGUCGAUCGGAAUCCGAUUGGAAAAGACGGUCUGUGUCUCUCCAAGGAAUUGCAGUAAAUUUGAAGCGAUGGGUUUGGGUAAUUGUAGGAGGUGGAACAGCUCAGUCAGUGGUCAACCCCUGUCUUGUCCAAUUUGUAAUUGUACGAUGAUUGUAGAGUCUCUUGAUUUGAAGAUUGGUUUUCUUGAUUGUCAAGAGCGAGGACCAGGAGCACAUUGGUCUUGGAAUCAACCAAGUGUCAAACAUAUAUUCUUAGCCUGCUUCGUUAAAAACUCAAUGUUAGCUACUGUCAUCGGCGGGAUGGGUUUCGGCCUUAUGGUGAAUCCCCCUGGUGGAGUCUGGGAGAGCGUUGACUGCGGCUCCAAGUCCACCGUUUGCACGACAGCCGGAACCGCCGUGCUAGGGGACGACGAUUCGAUGCGUCCCUUGUAUCUUGGGAUGCUAUUUAGCUCCAUCAUCUCCUUCUCUGCCUCGAUGUCUCUCAUUCUGCUCUUAGUGAGCGGUCUGGGGCUCAGGAACCGGUUUGUCAUCGCGGUCAUGAAGUUUCUGAUGAUUGUUGCUGUUCUCUGUGUAUCUGCCGCCUUCUUCUGCACAAUGGCGAUGAUUCAUCCCACACUUCCUUAUAUCCGUAUCGCAUACCUUGGAAUCUGGGGAAUCUUGGCAAUCGUAGUGUUGGUGUUGUACGGAAUUAGGCUCAUUUUUCCCAAACCAGAAACCAGAAUGGGAGCAUAA